CUAAAGCUCAACUGGACACUGACGUGGACAACCUGAAGAAACAGGUCAAAGCCUCACAGGUUGCAUUCUCAGCCUGUCUGGUGGCUGGAGGAAACACAAAAGAUAUUGGACCCACGUCGACGACCCUGGUCUUCAGCCACGUCCCCCUCAACGUUGGAAACGUCUACAACUCCAUCACAGGUCUGUUCACCGCCCCGGUGAAAGGAGUGUACCACUUUGAUUGGACGGUCGGUGCAUUUGGGGACGGCAGCCGCGGGUCGGGGGCGUGGCUGGUGAAGAACAGAGAGAAGGUCGCCUUGGCAUUCGAGGUUCAGAUGGACGGGUUCAUGAGCGGCUCUAAAGGCGUCUCGCUGUCGUUGCUGAAGGGGGACGUGGUGUCUCUGCGCCUGUUGGGUAACGGUUUGGUGUUCGAUGAUUAUAACUGCCUUACCACCUUCAGUGGACACCUCCUGUUCCUGUUGUGAGACAGAAACAGCAGCUCUGUGACAG